CACACAGACACCUUCUUGGAAAGUAAAACGAUGUCUGGGUUAGUCAGUCAAUUCAGCAGAUUUUAGCUUGGAAUAUAACAAAAAUCAUCUAGUAGGCCUUUCUUUUUUUUUUUUCUUUUGAUAGAGACCACAUAAGGAAUCGUAUUCUGGUAUCACGCAAUCUUGACAUUUGCAAGCACUCUUGUGUAAAAGCAUGUUACGCUGCUACAUUGCACUUUUGAAACAAGUCUGUAAAAUAACUUCGAAUAAUUAAGGGAAAUUAAAUAGGACAAUUUCCUUCGCUUUCACUAAUUUGUUAUUGCCCGCACGUGAUAGAAGGCCCGGUGAACUAUCGGACACAUAACAGUGUCAAACAAAAUCGUAUUGUUCUUUCUCGUGCUCAGACUAAGACGAGAAAGAGAGAAAAAAGUUUACAGCAGUGUGAGAAUGAACAGCGUAAACCACGGGCAACUAGAUGCGAUACCACGUCUAAAAUUAUUUAACUGCGUUCACGCCGAAUGUGGAGCCAGGUUCACCAAGGAAUGGCGUUUGAAAGAACACGAAACGGUCCAUACUGGCGCGCCGCCGCCUCUGUUUCCACACCAGCGACCCUUGCAGUGCCCCCAGACGGGUUGUGGCCGACGCUUUUCCCGCAGGUCUCACCUCAGCCGCCAUAAUUUAAGCCACUCCGGAGCGAAGCAGUUCAGAUGUACUCAGUCGGGUUGCCCCAGCAGCUUCUUUAGCGUUGGCAAACUGAAGAGGCAUGUCUUGUAUGCCCACGGUAACAAGGACACGUACUUCAAGUGUCGUCACCCAGAAUGCCAUAUAAUGUUCCGGAAACGCAGGAUGUACAAGAUGCAUCUGAAAGAACAUGGCGUCUCUCCAAACUUCAGGUGUGUGAAGGAGGGCUGCGGGGCGGAGUUCGAGACCCGCGUGGCUCGCAGGGCUCACGAGAGAACCCACGCAGGCUACUCCUGUCCUGUGAUUGGCUGCCAGGUGGUGGAGCGCACCUGGGGGAGGAUACGCAAGCACGCGCAGACGCAUCCAGCGUCCUACGCCUGCUCGCGGUGCCAGGCGAGCUUUGGGAGGCGGGAGGCCCUCCGUCGCCACCGGCGACGCCACGCCCUGCAGAAGCCCGUGCUGCUGUGUCCCCGGGAGGGCUGCCAGAGCUACUUCUCCACCACCUUCAACCUGCAGCACCACAUCCGCAAGGCGCACCUGCAGCUGCUCAAACACCGCUGCGCCUACCCCGCCUGCGAGCGCGCCUUCGCCAUGAGGCGGUGCGUCUCCAGGAAAAACCGCAGAACUGUCUGGCUUUUGACUGGUGGUUUUUGCUGCCCCCUGCAGGAGAGCCUGAACAGACACAUGGUUCACCACGACCCGCACGGGGCCGGUUUGAAGAAGCGCUGGCGGUCCAGUAAGAAGUGGCAGAAGCGGCUGAAGGGCGGUCAGCAGCGCCCCCUGGUGGAGGAGGACCUGCGGCGCCUCUUCGCCCUGCGCCUGCGUUUCCCGCGCCGGGCCAAGGUGGAGGCCGACCUCUCGGGCCUCUUCAACGAGCGCAAGAUCCCGCGCCCCGUCAGUCCCGAGGUCAACCUGCAGCAGCUCUUCAGCCUCAAAGCGCCCAGCAACCAGGCCCCCCCGGCCAAGGUUUAGAGGCAAACGGGCAGGGGACGGAUACCCCAAAAAUCCCUGAGAAUAUUUUUGAACUUUAAUUUUCUUGACCCUUUUUUUGUUCCUAUUUGGAAUGGGCUUGACUGUUUGACAGCCUGAAUUUAAGUCAAAUUUUGUUGUACAAAUGAUAAGAGAAAGUGGGUAUUUUUCUUUAAAUGAGACCAUAAGCCUUGUAUGUUCUAUGUGUGUUUUGUUGAAUAUACCCAAUAAAGAGGGACAUUGCCCCAAAUAGCAA